GUUUACCAUUUGAACGACGCGAGCUUUUGCAAUUACGCUGUGGAGAACGACUGAGCAAAUCUGGAUGGUUUGGGGAACUCCAAGAUCAUGAUCUCGUGUGGGGAUGCUCAGGAGUAUGUGCCGUUCGGGCGGGACUACAUCUCCUGUCACCCUGGAGAGGUGGGGCUCCCUCCUGCAAGGCCCACGACCACCCCCCCUCACCUGGACCUCCUGCGGCAACUCGACACGGUCUCCAUCAAUGCAUCUAAGGAUUGGUGGGAAGUCAGGCAGAGUGCCGAUGACCUGACUGAGGAGGAGCUCUAUGUCAGCGGCUCAACAGUAGUCUGGUCUCGAGGUCUGGCAGGCAACAUUGGGUCUCGGCAAAUCAUCAAGAGUAUGACAUGUGACUCACCAGUUCAGCAUGCCCUGUUUGCCACAUUCUACACAUACCCUGAUCAGCCGGCACUACUUGGUGAACCCAUACCCGAGGAACCGACAGGUCAGAAGAACCACUUUACCAGUUUCAAAGGCCAGUGCUUUAUUGAAGUGAUUGUUGUAAGGGAUAACAUGCUUUAA